UCACUUCCGGCCGCCAGACAGCCAGUUCAGGCCAGUUCACCGCUGCUGUAGUACUCAGUCUGUCCCACUGAGCUGUCAACACACAGCAACCAUUCACUCUGCCUGUCUGUUGCGACAGCAUUUUCCUAUCAAACCUAGUCCGCGUUUCUCUUCAACGACGUUUUCUUUCAGAUAACAGCUACUUUCGUCCCACUAUGACUCGAAGGUGAUCUUCAGAGUGUCCAGGUGGUUCUGGGGUUCCAGGUUGGUUUGGUGAGAGAGCAAGCUAAUUGCGGGGAGGAGGACCGCCUGGGGCAUCGUGUCCCUGGCUCGCAAGUGACUAAGGGAGGGGCUCAGCAAACUGUUCCGCAGCAUGGAGAAGGAAGACAUGAAGGUCCUCAACAAAGGGGAAGAGGAGGAGAUGGAGCUGCAGGGCUACCGUCUGUGUCGUUGGCGGCUGGCCCUGGUGGGCGUUGGUGUGUUGUGUACAGGGGGCUUCCUCCUCCUGCUGCUCUACUGGAUGCCAGAGUGGUGCGUCAAAUCCACCUGCACUCGUACCACAGCCCGUGAUGCCGAAGUAGUAUUGAUGCGCUCCACGGAUGAGUUCCGUCGCUGGUUCCUGGCCAGGGUGCGAGUGAUGCUGGCCCCAGGGAGCAACCCCUUCCACAGCCUGGAGACCCAGACCACCUCCCCCUCCUCCCCUUCCUCUCCCACCUGCCCCUUCUCCUCCCCUGCCUCCCCCCCUCUGGCCAACGGACACACCCCUCACCCCUCCGAUGGCAGCCCCGCUCAGGAGCUCAUCAGAAAAUAUGCUGACUACCAGCCCACACAGAUCCGUUAUUUUACCUUCCAUAGCACAAAAUAUUAUUGGAAUGACGAGGUGCAGAACUUCGAAGUUUUAAAUGGUUUGGAGGAUCUGCAGGUCAGCUGCUCCACUCUCCACUCGGAGCACAGUGCAGGCCUGAACAGGAACCAGCAGGAGUACAGGAAACUGUUCUUCGGAGUGAAUGAAAUUGCAGUGAAAGUGCCUUCUGUUUUCAAGCUGCUUAUCAAAGAGGUCCUCAACCCUUUCUACAUCUUCCAGCUCUUCAGUGUGAUCCUGUGGAGUGCCGAUGAGUAUUACUACUAUGCUGCGGCCAUUGUUAUCAUGUCGGUCAUAUCCAUAGCUACCUCUCUGUACACCAUCAAAAAGCAAUACAUAAUGCUUCACGACAUGGUGGCAGCUCACAGUAUUGUCCGUGUGUCUAUAUGCCGAGCCAACAAUGAAAUCGAGGAGAUUUUGUCUACUGAUUUGGUGCCUGGUGAUGUGAUGGUCAUCCCCAGCAACGGGACCAUUAUGCCAUGUGAUGCCGUGCUGGUUAGCGGCACCUGCAUCGUCAAUGAAAGCAUGCUUACAGGUGAGAGUGUUCCUGUGACAAAGACCAACCUCCCAAACCCAUUACCAGGAGAGAGGGAUGAGAACAAUGACAGUGCCUACAACACAGAGGAGCAUAAGAGACACACACUCUUCUGUGGCACCCACGUCAUCCAGACCCGCUUCUACACAGGCGAACUGGUCAAGGCCGUGGUAGUCCGCACAGGUUUCUGCACAGCUAAAGGCCAGCUGGUGCGCUCCAUCCUUUACCCCAAACCCACCGACUUCAAGCUGUACCGCGAUGCCUACCUCUUCCUCUUGUGUCUGGUGGCUGUGGCUGGAAUCGGCUUUGUCUACUCCAUCGUCCUCAGCAUCAUGAACAAGGUGCCAGCUAAGACCAUCAUCAUUGAGUCCCUGGACAUCAUCACCAUCACUGUGCCACCGGCGCUGCCAGCCGCGAUGACCGCUGGCAUUGUGUAUGCCCAGCGACGCCUCAAACGCAUCGGCAUUUUCUGCAUCAGCCCACAGAGGAUCAACAUCUGUGGACAAAUAAAUCUGGUCUGCUUUGACAAGACUGGAACUCUGACAGAAGAUGGAUUAGACCUAUGGGGAGUCCAGAGGGUUGAAAAUGGCAGUUUCCACCUGUCAGAGGAAAAUGCCUACAAGGAAAACCUAGUCAAGUCACAGUUUGUGGCUUGUAUGGCCACUUGCCACUCUCUUACAAAAAUAGAGGGCCAGCUGUCCGGAGACCCGCUGGACCUCAAAAUGUUUGAGGCUACAGGCUGGAUCCUGGAGGAGGCCACUGAGGAGGAAACAUCUCUCCACAACCGUAUCAUGCCCACUGUGGUUCGACCUCCAAAACAGCUGUUGCCCCCAGAGCCUGUUGCAUCACCAGAGCAGGACAUGGAACUCUAUGAGCUUGCUUCAGCAUAUGAGAUAGGUAUCGUGCGCCAGUUUCCUUUUUCCUCAGCACUCCAGAGGAUGAGUGUGGUGGCUCGUCGGCUGGGGGAGAAACGUAUGGAUGCCUACACGAAGGGGGCACCAGAGGUGGUGGCUAGCCUGUGCAAGAAAGAGACAGUGCCAGAAAACUUUGCAGAGGUUUUGGAGGGCUACACCAAGCAGGGUUUCAGGGUCAUAGCUCUGGGUCAUCGUCGACUUGAAUCCAAACUCACCUGGCACAAAGUCCAGAACAUAAACAGGGAUCACAUAGAGGCAAACAUGGAGUUCCUGGGUCUGAUCAUCAUGCAGAACAAGCUGAAGGCAGAAACACCAGGAGUGCUGCAGGACCUCCACAGAGCACACAUCCGCACUGUCAUGGUUACUGGUGACAACAUGCUAACAGCCAUCUCUGUGGCCAGGGACUGUGGAAUGAUCCCUCCCCAAGACACUGUCAUCAUCGCUGAUGCCCUGCCUCCUCAUAACGGUCAAGCCGCCAAAAUCACCUGGAGAUAUGCCGACAAGCCAAGCAAGACACCUCGCCUGGAGGAAGUGAACAUCAGUCUGGAGGAUGUGUGUCCCAUAGAUGAGCACAAAACACAAGAGAUGUACCACUUUGCUAUGAAUGGAAAAUCGUUUGCCGUCAUCGAGGAGCACUUCCCUGACAUGCUGCAAAAGCUGGUGCUGCAUGGGACGGUGUUUGCCAGAAUGGCCCCAGAUCAGAAAACGCAGCUCAUUGAGGCGCUGCAGGGUGUAGACUACUUUGUGGGAAUGUGCGGAGAUGGAGCAAAUGACUGUGGGGCUCUGAAGAGGGCUCAUGGUGGCAUCUCUCUCUCUGAGCUCGAGGCCUCUGUAGCAUCUCCCUUCACCUCCAGGACCCCCAACAUCUCCUGUGUCCCCAGCCUCAUCAGGGAGGGACGUGCUGCUCUCAUCACCUCCUUCUGUGUGUUCAAGUUCAUGGCCCUCUACAGCAUCAUCCAAUACAUCAGUGUCACUCUCCUCUACUCUAUCCUCAGUAACCUUGGAGACUUCCAGUUCCUCUUCAUAGAUAUUGCCAUCAUCCUCCUUAUUGUCUUCACCAUGAGUCUCAACCCAGCGUGGAAAGAACUGGUGUCACGUCGCCCCCCAUCAGGUCUGAUCUCAGGGCCUCUGCUGUUCUCUGUGCUGACCCAGAUCCUCAUCUGCUUGGGCUUCCAGACCAUUACAUUCCUUUGGGUCCGACAGCAGUCCUGGUACACAGCCUGGACGCCAUUUACAGAUGUCUGCAACCAGUCAUCGCACAUUAACAUGUCGGAUCUCAACGACACCGAGAUUGACGACCACAACAUCCAAAACUUUGAGAACACCAGCCUCUUCUAUGUCUCCUGCUUCCAGUAUCUCAUUGUUGCUAUCGUUUUCUCAAAGGGAAAACCUUUCAGGCAGCCUAGCUACAAGAAUUGGCCUUUUGUGGUGUCUACCUUGAUAUUAUAUUUUUUCCUGCUGUUCAUCAUGUUCCACCCAGUCGAAGACAUUGACGAGUUUCUAGAGAUUGUUUGUGUUCCGUAUGAGUGGAGGAUAAAACUCUUCAUCAUCAUCUUAGUCAAUGCUGCUGUGUCUGUUGUGGUGGAGACCUUCAUCCUUGACAUCAUCUUAUGGAAGCUUGUGUUCAGCCGAGACAAACAGAGCAGCUUUGGCAUCACUCCUGCUGCCCCGACACCACAGGGUGCCAUUGACCUGGGCGCCUUCAAGUGUCUGACACGGCUGUGCUGCCCACGCAAGUUGGCACCUAAGGCUCGCUACAUGCAUCUCGCCCAGGAGCUCAGUGUGGACCCCGACUGGCCUCCAAAACCAACCACCACCACUGAAGCCAAACCCCGCCCUGAAAACGGCUCCACCUAUCAAUUCAUGAUCAAUUCCUAGCACCCCCCCCGCCCCCAGAAUCUAAUCUGACCCUUUCAUACACGAGACACGUAUAUGACACGUGUUCACUGAACCUAUUCAAACCGAGUUGUUGCAGGAAAAUUGCUUGCCAUAACUGUUAAGAGACUUGGGGCUUAUAGUUUCAGAGGCAUUAGUGCAAAAAGAAACACGUAUAAGAACCAAGUAAAAUUUCAGUUCUCUCUGGCUUGCCCUCUUGCGCACUCUCAGGUGUCUUGCUUGUCAUUAAAUGGCAUUUCAACAUCAGUAACAUUAGAUCUAAUUCCCGUUCCUUAUUGCAACGUCUGUUCACCGUAGCUGAGCAGCAAGGUUUGGAGGAAGAUUAAUAAAUGACAUCUACAGAUUGACGGUUUGAUAUCCCCUCACUUUAUCUGUGUGAAAGGGGUUGGAAAAAACACUUUAUUUCAUACGUGAAAUGGCAUGGUAGUUGUUGAAGGAUUGAAAAUGUUUGCUUUUAUACCAUUGUUAAAGUAACAGGAUCUGAAAAUGUAUUUGGAACCACAGUACUCAAAGAGAGUUUUAGCUGAAGUAUAAGAUAAUAUAUCUGAGGCUUUCAGGAUGAUCACUGGAAAUGUAUACUAUAGGAUGAAGCAGAUAUUGGCCCAAAAGAGCCAUUUCACUUUGGCCUUUGUGUCUCUGACUGAAAUAGCAAGUGAGAGAAUUGCUCGAUUGAGAAAGAGUCUGGAAGUGAGAACCCGGAAGAACAAGUUUUGACUUAAAAAUUGAGACAUUAUGAAUGGUUGAACGUACAUGGAGUAACAGAUAGAUAUUGUUGGGUGGCUUUACUGACCACACUAUGUGAUCUAAUCAUAAUGUCUUUUUUUUAAAUCAGCAGCAUUUUUUCUCUAUGUUCAUACUCCUGGGCAGCCAACACCUCACUUAAAGGAUGUUCACACAGCGAGUUACUUGUUCAACAAGCUGCUAUGGGCGGUGGAGGCUCUGAUUGCUACCAUGUAGUGGUCUUUUUAAUCUAACGCACAUACUGCAUAGAUAUAGAGUAAAUUUAAAGAGCUAGCAUUACCACCUGUCAAGCGCUCACUAGAGGACAUAGAAUCAUAACCAAAAAGAAAAGCUGGAAAGCUUACCAUGGAGCUCCAGGGAUAAUUGAAAUUACAAAUUUAAGACCAGUAUUCAAGUAGUCUUUCAAGCACACUGAGAUGUAGAAGAUUAGGACUUUGGAACAGUUGCAGUUAACGCGUUUAAUUGCAAACCCCAUGCAGAAAUCAAAGAACAUUAUAGAUCACCAAUGGGUGGCUGAAACCACAAACCUGACCUGUGGUUGAAUUUUCCUCAUAAUUUGGUCAAAAUGUUCCAAAACAUUAGGGCAUGUAAAAAGUACAGUGCCUACAGAGAACAGUGAGGGAGACAGAUUUCCAACCACAGGCAGGAUUUCUGCUUUGUUUGUAAUUAACUGUCAGGGUUUUAGCAAAUAUAUUGUUGGGUUAGAAAUUUAAUGUAAAAGACUUACAAAAAGACAAAUUUAAUCCCAACUUUUUGCCAUACCAGUGGAUCUGAUAGCCUUUUGUUCCAGAUGGAAAUACCUUCGAUAUUAUUUGAGAACAUUCAUGGUCCGGAACAAGUCAUCAUUUCUUUACUUUAAUAUUAAUGCUAACAUACAACAUAUUAGUAUCCAUAACUCACAUGUUAAUUGUUAACACUCAAUGUCAGCAAGUCUGACAGGGAACAACAUGGCCUUCCUCUGGCGCUCCCAUCAGGCCAAACCCUUUUGCCCCACUGGUGGAAUAGAUGGAAUAAUAGCAAACUUUUUAUCCAUAAAAAGAUGUUGAUUGCUAGUGUGUAAUGACCUGUACACAGUCAAGGGGCCAUUAAUCUAUUUUUUUUUUUUUUUUUUGCAUCUAUGAGCCAUGUCCUGUCAGCCCCUAAUGGUAUCAGACAGGAGACUGAAAGCAAA